GCGGCCGGCAGGUGAUAUCAGCUUGGCACCUGCCGUUGCUUCUCUCCCCUCUUGCGGCUAAGGGCCUUCCUUCCCCGCCUUCAGCGUCCGGUCCUUAGAGCAGGAUCUUUGCCUUUUGCCCGCGCUGUGACGUCCCUCGAAUAGCAGCUCAAGGCGGGUGAUUCCUGUGAGGAGGUUGGUGCAGACGCUGCUGCUGCUAUAGCAGCUACUACAGCUCCAGCAGCAGCCGCUUCCCUUUUCCUUUGGUUCAGGAAGGGCUUAGAGCGGGUCAGUGGCAGGGCGCGCGUUCGCUCGAAGAAGUGCGCCCUGGUUCCCAGAGAGCGGCGGGACUCUUUUCCCUUGGCCUGGCAAAGCCCCACCCCAUCUUCCAGGCACAAUGGCACCCGCAACCCCUGCGCAUUGGGCGACGCUUUGGCUCCUUCUCCUCCUCCACCUCCCCUUUGCAGUGGUGCCUUCCAAGCUGAAUAUUCCCAAAGUAUUGUUGCCGUUCACCCGAAGCACCAAGAUCAACUUCACCCUGGAAGCAAGCGAGGGCUGCUACCACUGGUCUUCUACGAGACCAGAGGUUGCCAGCAUAGAAGCUAUAGAGCAAGACAACCAUCAGUGUUCACAGAAGGCUAUUGUCCAGGCCCGAUCAUCACAAGUAACGCGCCUUACAAGUAUUAUUUUGGCUGAAGAUAUUUUAAGUGGCCAAGUUCUUCGCUGCGAUGCUAUAGUUGACAUUAUUCAUGAUGUUCACAUUGUGUCCACCACAAAAGAAUUGUAUCUAGAAGAUUCACCCCUGCAACUGAAAAUUCAAGCUUUGGAUUCUGAAGGAAACACUUUUAGCACUUUGGCUGGACUUGCUUUUGAGUGGACAAUCAUGAAAGGCCCAGAAACUAAUGGAUUCUCGGAUUCCCACAAUGCACUGCGUAUCCUGAAGUUCUCAGAAUCGACAUAUACACCACCUUCCUAUAUAUUAGAGAUGGAAAAAGUCGCCAAACAAGGAGACAUUGUUCUAGUAUCUGGCAUGAAAACAGGGAGUUCAAAAUUAAAAGCAAGAAUACAAGAAACAGUUUAUAAGAAUGUGCCUCCUGCUGAAGUCAGAUUGUUUAUUUUGGAAAACAUCAUUCUAAAUCCGGCUUAUGAUAUCUACCUUCUAGUAGGAAUGUCAGUGCAGUAUAAAGUUCAGAAAAUAAGACAAGGGAAGAUUACAGAAUUAAUGAUGCCUUCUGAUCAGUAUGAACUGCAGCUUCAGAACAACACACUCAGCCCUGGGGGAGAUCCAGCCUGGGCUGUUGCCAAAUUUGAUCAGGCAACAUCCACAGUUACUGCAUUGCAGCGGGGACAGACUAACAUUGUGCUUUGCCACAAAAGUGUUUCUAUGCAAGGUGCUUCCAAGUUACCAAAUGGCACCAUUUACAUUGUGGACCCAGGAUACUUAGGAUUUUCAAUUCAUCCUGCUGACAAGUGGGUCCUGGAAACAGAGAGGCUCUAUGAAAUCAUUGUUGAAGUGUAUGAUAAAUCAAGUAAUAAGGUGCAUUUAUCUGAAAAUCUCAGAAUUGAUAUGUACUUGUCAAAAGAAUACUUCAAGGUUCUUUGGUCCUCUCUGAAUGGUUCAUAUCAUCAUGUGAAAGCGAUAAAGGAGGGGCACAUCGUUAUUAGUGCGUCUUUAACAUCUAUAGUGGAUCAGGAUGGAGGUGUUCACACACUGCGUGUUCCUGUACAGAACCAGCAAGAAGUAGACAUUUAUGUCCGCAUUGCUCUUUCACCAAGCAUUUUGACAUUUCCAUGGCAGCCAAAAGCAGGAGCCUAUCAGUACACAAUAAAGGCUCAUGGUGGAAGUGGUAAUUUUACUUGGUCCUCAUCUAACCAAAAUGUUGCUACAGUAACGGUCAAGGGAGUAAUGACUACAGGAAAUGAGAUUGGUGUCAGUAUUAUACGUGCCAGUGACGUUCAGAAUUCAUUACAUUAUGGGGAAAUGAAGGUAUAUGUGACAGAACCUAGUGGCAUGGAGUUUGCACCCUGUCGAGUUGAGGCACGUGUGGGUGAAAUACUAGAGCUGCCUCUGAAGAUUAAUGGCCUAAUGAAAGAAGAAACCAGUCAGAUGGUCACCCUAAGUGAUUGUUCACAUUUUGAUUUAGUUGUCGAGGUUGAGAACCAUGGUGUAUUCAGUCCAUUUCAAGGGAGACUACAGCCAGCUCCUGACUACUGCAGUGGGGUCAGGGUAAAAGCUGAAGCCCAAGGAUAUACAGCACUUGUUGUUAGUUACACACAUGAACAUAUCCAUCUCAGUGCCAGUAUUACCAUAGCUGCCCAUCUGCCACUGAAAAGUGUUGAUCCCAGUUUUGCUGCCUUGGUAACUUUGGGCUCCUCUAAAGAUAUAUUAUUUGAAGGUGGACCCAGACCAUGGGUUCAAGAACCAUCCAAGUUCUUCAGGGACAUCAGUGCUGAAGAUCCAGACAAUGUUGGUUUAUCAUUACUAGGGCCACCUACAACUAGGAAUCCCUUCCAGCACAGGGUUAGAGCAUCUUGCAAAGCCCUGGGGGAACAAGUGAUUUCAUUAACAAUAGGAAACAAGCCCACUGUUACUAACCCCUUUCCGGCUAUUGAACCUGCUGUUAUGAAGCUGAUCUGUGCUACUCCCUCCAGGUUAACUUUGGCACCUGUAUAUGCAGAUCCUGAGCUAGGUCUCUCCUGUCCUUUUCUUCACCAAAGCAAGCAAGGGGUCCCUGUUUCAAAACACCGCAAUCCAGUAUUGGAGUUGGAGGUUUACGAUCAACAGGGACGUAAAUUUGACAAUUUUAGUUCCCUUAGUAUUAUCUGGGAAUCAACAAAAUAUUCAUUAGCCAGCAUAGAGGCCAAUAUGUCAAUGGAGCUGUCUUUGAAAGAUCGUGGAAAUGGUCAGAAGAUAAUGCAUGGUUUGCAAACUGUUUUAGUUCAUCACAAACCUGGAACAACAACUAUAUCUGCUACUGCUGCUAAAUAUCAACAUUUUCAUCUUACUGCUGCUGAAGUGAAUAAAGUGUAUGAACACCUUACACCUGUAUCUGCAACUAUUGAGCUAAUACUUGUAGAAGAUGUAAAAGUGAGUCCUAAAGAACUUACUGUCUAUAAUCAUCAGGCUGUCAAGGCUGAACUGCUUAUAAAGGAGGGCUCUGGAUAUUUUUUUAUUAACACCACUGUUCACAACAUUGCAAAAGUGGCUUAUGAAGAAGCUCAAGGUGUUGCUGUGGUAUAUCCUUUACAUCCAGGGGCACUGUCUUUAAUGGUUCACGAUCUGUGUCUUGCAUCUUCUGCUCUUGCUAAAGCUGAAGUGUAUGUGUCUGAUAUACAAGGAGUAUAUGUUGGAGUUAUUGACAAGGUAGAAAUUGGCAAAAAAGUUACUGCUUAUGUCAGAGUGCUGGAUGCUUCUAAGAAAUACUUUCCGGCUAAAUACUUCGCCUUCAUGGACUUAAAUCUACGGGCAGCAUCUCCUAUUAUUUCCUUGAAACCUCUCAGUGAAGCCUCUGAUGAAUACACUGCUGCCUUUCUCGUUCAUGGAGUGACCAUAGGUCAAACCAGUCUUACAGCAGUUGUCACUGACAGAUAUGGAGAGAGAAUCAGUUCAGCUUCACAGCAGAUUGAAGUCUUUCCUCCUUUUAGACUGAUGCCAAGAAAAGUAACCUUGCUCAUAGGUGCAGUAAUUCAAAUUACCUCUGAGGGAGGACCACAACCUCAGUCCAACAUAAUAUUCUCCAUCAACGAGACCAAUAUUGCCUCCAUCAACAGCAGUGGCCUAGUAACAGGACUGUCAUUUGGCAACAGUACUGUAACAGGAAUGGUUCAAGCUGUUAAUGCAGAUACUGGCAAAGUUGUGGUUGUAUCCCAGGAUAAAGUUGAAGUUGAGGUAAUUCAACUUGAGGCUGUUAGAAUCCACGCACCCAUUACACGAAUGAAAACUGGCACUCAGAUGCCAGUGUAUGUGAUGGGCAUCACAAGCAAUCAAACUCCUUUUUCAUUUGGCAAUGCAAUGCCCGGGUUAACAUUUUAUUGGUCUGUCACUAAAAGGGAUAUCCUGGAUGUCAAAUCAAGAUUCAGUGAGGCUUCUCUUCAGCUUUCCCCCCAAUAUAACUUUGCUGUGGAUGUUUAUAGUAGAGGGAAAGGAAGAACAGGGUUGAAGGUUGUUGUGAAAGCCCUUGAUCCUUCAGCUGGACAGUUUUCCCACAUGACAAAAGAACUGUCAGAUGAAAUCCAAAUACAGGUAUUUGAGAAACUAGUUAUUCUGGGGGUAGAAGUAGGACAGAUCCUAAUGUCACCAAACUCAUUUUUUAAAGUACAAACAAACAGGGACAGAGUUGCUUCUCUAAGUUACCAUGUACUGGAUGGUCAAGAUAGAGUAGCUGUGGUACAGAUUGAUGAGAGAGGCCUCCUUAAUUCUAAAUCCCUGAUAGGACUGUCAACAAUACAAGUGAUUUCACAAGAGCCGUUUGGAAUAAACCAGACCCUUACUGUCACUGUCAAGGUGGCUCCCAUUUCCUACAUGAGAAUAUCCAUGAAGCCAAUUUUCCACACACAAAACCAUCCGACAUUAUUGGCAUUACCUUUGGGUCUGACUUUGACCUUGACCAUCUGCUUCCAUGACAGCUUUGGAGAUACUUUCCAUUCACAAAAUUCUGUGCUUGGCUUUGCAAUCAACAGAGAUGAUUUUAUACAGGUAGGGAAAGGAGUCUCCAACAACACGUUAAUAAUCCGAACAAUGAAUGUAGGACUAAGCUUGCUUAAAGUUUGGGAUGCAGAGAACAGCAUCAUUGCAGAUUAUGUGCCUCUUCCUGUGCAAAAUGCCAUCUAUCCUGAGCUCAGAGAUAUUAUCAAAGGCGAUGUCAUUUGUUUCACUACCUCACUAGUAAACCAAGAAGGUUUGUCAGGAACAUGGAGUUCUUCUUUAAAUAGUAUUCUUCAGAUUGAUCCAAAAACAGGAGUAGCUGUAGCAAGGAAUUCUGGAACUGCUACAAUAUAUUAUGACGUUCCUGGACUACUUAAGGCAUAUAGGGAGGUGUCAAUUAGUAUACCUCUAAGAAUUGUAGCAACACAUGGAAGUGGAAUGAAAACAAGCCUGCAGGACACUUUAACAUCAAAAGUUAUAGUUAAAAUUGGGCAUGGAAGCAAAAAUCUGAAAGGAGAAUGUUCACCUGCACAAAUUGAAGUAAUUGAAGAAAUGAGGCCCCAAUCUAGUAUCAGUUGCCAACUUCAUUUCAACAGUGAUGUAUUUGAUUUCCCACCCUCCGAAUUUUUUACAGCAGAAUCUGGGUUUGAUGUAGAUUCAGGGCAUUACACUUGUUCAAUCACAGUGCACAGACUUACUGACAAGCAGUUCAAGCAACUGAGCAUGAGCAAAACUGCUGUUGUUGUGAUAGCUUCAGUCCAAGGGAGCCACUUCUCAGAGUGGAUCAGUGCUGAAGUGCCAUUUAAUCCAGGAUUUUAUGUUAAUCAGACCGAAAUUAUUUUAAGUAAUCCAUUCAUAAGUUCUGAUGUAAAGAUUUUUGGAGCCACUGAAAUUCUUGCAAACCUUGUGGUGAAAUCUGGCUCACCUAUGGUGGUGGCCUUUGAAAAGGACAGAUCCUAUGGCUCAACCAGCUAUGUAACAUAUACUGUCAGCUUAUCUGAUCCAAGACUCGCAAGCAAAGGGUCUCUGUCCACUACACUAACUAUAUCCAGCACAGAGACUGACCAGUCUAUCACUAUCCCAGUGACAAUGAUUUAUGUAUCUGACAGACAUUUAUCAGUGAGACAUGAACCAAGCUUGUUUCAACACUUCCUUGAUUCCUAUCAAGCCAUGUUCUUCACACUUUUUGCACUGCUUGCAGGGAUGGCUGUUACGAUCAUAGUGCACUAUGCUGUUUUCUCACCAAAAGAACAGCACACUCACCCAGCUUUUGUCCCAAAGACAAGUCCUCAGCACAGACAGCGAUUUCCUGUUCCGUCUGCAACUUCUUUCAGUCCCACAUCUUCAAGCAGUGGUAAUGGCUCUCCCACCAGACUAUGGAGUCCUGGUUAUGCUUCACAUUAGACAGAGCUUUUUUUUCUUCACAAGGACUCUUGUUUGGAUUUUAAAGUACUAGUGCUUUUACUACUAAGUGAUUCAUUACCUGAUAGGAGUUUGUCAAAGCUUAGAGGUUUGCUCAGCUUACUGAAAAUCUUUGUCUAAAGAAGGCAAAAUAACUACUGUAUACAUUUUAAUGUUCUGUGUGUAUAUUAUUUCAGUGUAGUAGAAUCUGUUCCUCUGCAACCUGUCAUCAUCAGUAUUAUGGGGAAGAGGGGGAAUCGCUGGGUAAUGUCCAGUAUCUGUGUUGAGCUAGCUUUCCUUUGGUUUUUUGGGGUGUGUGUUUGGGGGGGGGAGUUGCAUACUUCAGUUAAUUCCAGCUGUACCUCCUAAUUGCCAGGAGAUGCAUUGCAUUUGUUCGUUUACAUCCUGUGGAAAUUGUAUUUUUAUAGUUUCAUAAUGAGGCUUAAUGCAAUUAAACAAUAGAAAUAUAGUAAAAUAAGCCAGAAUAUGAAGGAAUAUAAAGUUUUAGUUUGGUUGCUGAUUUUACUAAUUUAUUUUGAGACUCAGGAAUGAAUGUACUGCACUAAUACAUUUUCGCACUAUUUAGCCUUACAAAUCAUUUGAAUUUGCCAGUUUAGAAAGUAGUUAUGCAGGAAUAACUAUGAAUAGUUGUGCCUUUUUUGUGUAAUAAUUGUAGUAGGGUCUUCCUUCAUCUAUUAAUAGUCAGCAUGCACUUCACCAGUUCUGCUGCAAGUACAAAGACCCUCUGUGAUUUACUUGUAAAUGAAACUUUUUAUUAUAACUAUUAGAUGACUAUGCAGACAUUUUUUUUAAAAAAAAGUUUAUUUUAACCAGUUCUUUUUUUAAAAAAAAAGUUAUAUAAAAAAAUCUUUAUUAGUUCUUUGCAACUGUAUAAUACUGUACCUCAACAGAAAUUGGCCGCAUUCAGACAUCACACUGAACCACAGUUGAGCAUGACAAGAACAGAUUGCAGCAAUCCUUAAGAUCAUGUACUCCCCCAUCCCCACUCCAGCACAGCCACAAGAGGAGUCAUCCAAAUCCUAAAUUGUGGUUAAUGUUAACUAUUUUUUUUAAACUAGCCAGAUUAAUAAUCCAUGGUUUUAAAUUGGCUUGUUUCCGUAAACCAAAGCUAACUCCAGUUUGUCAGGUUUGGCAAAUGUGACAAGCUGUAAUGAAUCUAAACUAAACGAAAGCUUCCAAAUUUCUUAGGGGUAUAUGGGAGUGGGGAGCACACAAGCCCAAGGCUCACUGUGGUUUAUUGGCCAAGACUCAAAUGUGGCCAGUGAGUCAGCAUGUAUAUCUGUUAAUCUGUUACUGUAAUCUGGAUUAGGAUCCUUACACUUGAAGUGCUGCACAAGUGUGAAUGCCAUUGAAAUGUGAGUAGGGAUGGCACACAGCAGUUCAAUAACCACAAAGUGACUCCUAUAACAGUAACUUUUUUAUUUUUAUUGUGCUGCCUUUAAUGCUGUGAACCUCGUAUGUGCACAAAUAUAUACAUACCCUCAUUCUGUUGAAGUUAAUAUGAAGUUAUUCACUUUAGGCAGAACAAAAUUUCUUUUAAGAAUACACACCUCCAUGAUAUACGCAGUUGAUACAAUUAAUACUUUACCUAGGUAUGUACUCUGCACUAUUCUAAUAACUUAAUACUAUAUAUAUAGUAUAAAGUUGGACUGAAUUUACAUUUUAAAAGCCACCGGGUUUCUUCUGAAUUACAAACAUAAUUUCUUGUGGAAUUUCUUCCUUUUUUCCCAUAAUGGCUGCUGGGACCUGCAUGAUUCUAUGCAAUGGCUGCAACAACCAUAACUGUGGCUCUUCAGUGCCAUAACAGUAAGGAACUUGAAGUUAAAUCUGGAGAAAUUGUUUUGAAAUUCCAAUUUACCAGCUCAAAUCUUCACAAAUGCAUGGCUGUUCAGUAUUUAUUGGGCCAGAUAGUAGGUCACUGUGCAAAUGCAGUGUGGCUAAUCUGCCAAUAAAUUAGAAAGGUUAAGUUUUUGCAGAGCUUGACAAAAAAUUAAUGUGAUGUUUAAUCUUAGGAUAAACACAUUUCCUCAUUUGUAGUAUAAAAUACUGACUGACAUCGCAAUAGUGUCAGCCCACUUGCACAACAGAUUUCUGCUUAUGCAACAAGAGCUCCUUUCCCUUUCUCCUCCCAACUCCCAAUUGCUCUAAAAGUGUGCUCCAAAGAUCAGAUUGGUGGCGUUGGGGGGUACAAGGGGGGGGGGAAUUCUCUGGUGUGAAGUUGGAUAACACCCACUACCUGGUAUUGAAUUUGUAUCAUCAUAAACAUUUUCUUUUCAGCCAAAAUGUUAAAUAAUUGUUAAUAAUUAAUGGGGGAAGUUUAGAAUAGGAAAUUUUAUGAAUCUAAUUCUAACACUGUGACCAGGGCUGGCUCCAGGAAUGCCGGGGCCCUUGGGCAUCAGCUUGCCCUGGGCCCCGGUGUGUGUGGGCGUGUGCGUUCACAUUUGUGAACCCCCACCUACUUGUCUCCUGUCUUUUACUAUUGCCAUUAACCAAGAUGGCGGCUGCAGUUUCCCUAAGGGGAUGAAGCCACCGCCAUCUUUGUUGAUGGCACACAUGCGUGCUAUGCGCGUGUAUUUCUGCCAUCAACUAAAAUGGCAGCAGGGGCUUCAGUACCUUAGGGAAACCGUGGCUGCCAUCUUUGUUAAGGGCAACGGUAAAAGACAGCAGACAGGUAAGUGGGAGGAUGUGGGGGGCUGCGGAGCACAGAAGGGGAGCGGAGGGGUGGCUGAGGGGCCCCCUGUAGCUCCAGGGGCCGUCGGGCCAGUGCCCAACCUGGCCGCCCUUUAGAACCGGCCCCGACUGUGACUGUGAACAAUCUUUAUUGUGAUUCUAAAAAAUGUUAAUGAAGAUAUUUCAUAGAAAAUUUGAAAGUUAUACAAAGAUCCUGUGACAAAGUUAUGUUUGUAUAUUGAAAUACAAAGUUUUUACUUGGUUUUUUAUCAUUUAUUUGCCUGGUGCUUGAGAAAUAAAGAUGGGCUUUUAACAAGUAUGUAUUGUUUGAAAAUGAUGAAAUAUAAACAUUUAACUUUAAACAUUCUUGUCAUAUAUUACAAUGAGGGGGAUGUAUAAACUGGCAAUAAGAGAAGGGAGAACAUGAAACAAAAGGGUCUGGAAAAAUAGCAGGGUCUUCACAUUACCUGUCUUUGUACAAUUCUCAUGUCCUUUUUUGGUUUAUUCACCCAUCUGUCUAAGGAGUAUUCUUUACAUCUGGGCACAGCAUUUCCUUUUAAUUCAAAGGCAACUACUGGGUUCAUUGGGGUGGAGAGGCUCCCUACUAUUUUAGGAAUAUCUUUCAAGUAAGGUAGUUAGUGAUAU